AUGUCGAGGAUGUCACGUAAAACCUUUGACAAGCCGACGUAUAACGGCAAAAAAGCAAUGAGCACUCCUCUACCUCGCGUGUUUCGACUGAUCCAUUCGAGACUAGCUGCCCUCGUACUGUAUCACGGCUACCGGGUAGUUGGAUUGAUGAAAUGGGGGAGCGAUACGGCGAAAGUGAUCGUGGUUAUUCAAAAAGUGGCUAUAGUCGUGCCGGCUAUUCAAGAGGCCACGGAGGUCGUGAAAGUUUGUCUUCCAGAGAUGAUGACAGUGGCUAUAGUCGUGGUUACUCUCGUGGAGGCGACCAUGGCGGAGCAGGAGGAGGCGGUUAUGGAUGCCAGUCCCGUUAUUCAGGUGGAAGCGGCUACAGUGGUGGACGAGGUAGUGGUGGUUAUGGCGGCCGAGAAAGCGGUGGCGGGUAUGGUAGUAGAGAAAGCAGCGGCGGAUAUAGUGGCCGAGAAAGCAGCGGCAGAUAUGGUGGACGAGAAAGCGGCGGCGGAUAUGGAGGUAGAGAAAGUGGCGGAGGAUAUGGUGGGAGAGAAAGUGGCGGGGGAUAUGGUGGUAGAGAAAGUGGCGGGGGAUAUGGUGGUAGAGAAAGUGGCGGGGGAUAUGGUGGUAGAGAAAGCGGCGGCGGAUAUGGUGGUAGAGAAAGUGGCGGCGGAUAUAGUGGCAGAGAAAGUGGUGGCAGUUACGGCGGCGGUGGAUACGGAUGCCGAGGCGGCGGUGGUGGCUUUGGCCGGGGCCGUGGAAGGGGCGGUUUCGGUGGUGAAGGUAUAG